AUGGGCAAUGAACAAUCCGCCGAAUCCCCUCGCGGGCAUCGGAAACUAUCCAAACCACCUCACUGCAGCCAGGCAUCUGCAGCUGGUCUGCCAUACACUGCUACUGCUGUGACACCCCAUCGUGAGCACUUCUCCAACUCGUAUCUGGUCGGAUCGCUGCCGCCUGCUCCCAAUAAGGCUUCUACAACGAGAAGAGUGGCGCCUGGGCUCGGUAUAGCCGUCCCAGCUGGUGACGCUUCCAGUCCUAUACAAUCACCUACAUGUAGAGACCCCAUGCGCGAUUUGGAAUCGCGUACGCGGUCUAUCCAGUCAGAGCAGCCUCCUAUACUGCCAGCUUUUGUCAACAGCUCCAGGACCAGCUCUAUUGCUCAGGAUAGCAGCUACCGCACGCUGACGCGCGCUGAUAGCAUGCCUGUUGCAGUACGGCGUGACUCUGCAAGCUACGAUACGAGAGCUGUCGAGGCCAAGAAGCUUCUUAAUGCAAAGGAGAAGCUCCCAAGCGAACCCGUUAUCUCCAAGUCUAAUAAGCAUUCUGAUGAGGCAAGUCAGGAUGUGACUGAUGAUAACAAUAACGCCACCCAAUCUGCAGGUUCGUCCAUUAGCAGAACAAAUUCAGACGUCUCUCUUUACAUGCCAAUGCGCCGCCGCUCGGUCGUUCAAACUCCAGGCAUAGCAACCAGGGCUCAUCAUUCCAACCCCCCAGUCUCAGCCAAGUCGAGUUUCCGCAAGAGUCUGCCAGCUACACCCUCUCAGUCCAGGCACAAUUCGAUAGAAUCUGGCAUGGGGAGACGCAUGUCAAUGCCUACGAAAAUCCCUUCCCAGGCAAAAUCCCCGGACCGAGCCGUAACGCCGGUCGAAGCUGACUAUAAACAGCUAGGUGGUAUGAAGUUUGGAUCCCUACGCAUCACAAACGGGGCCCCCGGAACUUCUCCAAUGCCUGAGGAUGACGUCAAACAGCAAGGGACUUCUGAGUCGGCACUAGCAAUCCCUCGGUCGGAAUACUUUCAUGAGCAAGCCAAAAACCCACUCAGAUUGAUGAAUCAGGGCUCGACCAUGACAGAUGCCAAUGAGCUAACGACGGGUGAGAAAUCACUUACUUCUCGAGUCGCAAGCUGUGUUACCGAGUGUUUGAGCGAUGCAGAAAAAUCUAGAACAGGCGAUGGCGGAAUGUCUGGGAACGGGAAUGCUGUCUCAUUUCCGGUUGCUGAGGUUCUGGAACUAAGGGAAGAUCCAAAUGCAAAGCCCUACCCCAAGAAAAUGCAACUUGGACUCGAAAACAAAAUGCUUAAAGGAUUGUCAAGAUCUGAUAGUGGCUUCAUUCCAAGUCCUUCGUCGGAGAAAACUCAUCGCUCUGCGUCUCGAGUCGACAGUGGUUACAGUUCCAAUGUCUCUCUUCGAUCAUUGCCCAGCCUGAGAUCCGGUGUCACGGACAAGAACACAAUGGCCUCCGAAAAGCUUGACGUGGACAUGUCCGGGAUGUGUUCGCCCUCGGAUUCGAAUUCGACUCGUACUUCUUCCUUAGUACCUUCUCAGACACAUAACCGGCUGCCUAUCCACCUUGAGGUCCCGUUGUCGUCGACAGACGAUGAUACCUCUUCGACUUGUCCAACAAGCCCCUCGAGUCCUGCUAGUCGUCCAUUCUCGCCAUUUAGUCGUGGUAGCCGCAUGCGCCUCUCUUCGUUGAAAUCAAACAAGAGUUUCGAGCCAAGGGUGUCGAACACUGCGACAGCACCAAUCGUUCUUUCCAAAGGAGACUUUCGGGAACAGUUGCCUUCGCCGGCCGCAGAUGUUAGUCGUGGUGGCAGUAAGAUGUACCGAUUCCUGAAUGGCUCCCGCAAGAAGGGAUCCCUUAAGAAAGGGGAAGUGACUACGAUCGAACAGGACGUCACUACCGAUCCUUUAGGGCUAAAGACGGGCUCCAUACCUAAACCCAACCGACCUUUGCUUCGAAAGGAGCCGAGCAAGGACACUCUGCAUACUAUUUUAAGUGUUGGGAGCCAGGAUGCGAUUGGGAGUACAAGGCGCGGGGAGGACGUAGCGCGAGGGGUCAAGAAGACCGUUGGCAAGAAGAUGUCUCGACGUCAAUCGUGGCGCCAAUCCAUUGCUCAGUUAUUUGGUACUCGAAGCGCGGACGCUAGCCCUGCCUUGAGUUCCAUACCUGAGCCUGCGCCCACACCAAGGCGCCCAUCAACUGCUAUGGAACUUACUUCUCGCCCUUUCAAUGCGGCUCCCAGCCCUCGAGGUGUGAGCUCAUGGUCAUCUCGCCCAGCACCAAGAAAGGCUGCCAGUAGCUCUGGCAGCUUAGCUCUAGAAACCCGGAAGAUGGCCAAUAAGUCGAGCAUACAGGAGAGCCGCGACAAGCCAGAGCUAGCUCAUCUUCGCACGAAUGUUUCCACACCUAACUUGUCAGCGAAACGUCGAUCAUCCCUGAGUCCAUCUGCGCUUGAGGUGGAUCAGACGCUGCGAACAAAGACUUCACCACCGGUGAGUAUGCAGAAUCGAGGCAGUAAGCCUCCCAAAGCAAAGUCACAGGCGCAAAAUCGAGCUAUGACACCUUCUUUCCCUAUUAACUCCCGUCCGAGCGCUAGUCGUCGACUCUCGUUACCCCAAGAUUAUGGACGAAUGACACCACACAUCCGUCAGAUCUCACAUGGCCGCACCGAGUCACGCAGCUCCAGUCGAGGCAUGGUCAUGAGUCCUACCGCGGGUUUAAGCUCCCAGCAAGUCAAUGCUGUUCAACACUCCAGAGUUUUGUCAUACUCGAGUAAUGGUACGCAACAGAGUGGUCCUGCUGCCCAACAAGUCAAGCACCAUCGGCGAGUAUCAGCACCUGCGCAGCCGCACCAGAUUGCCAACAUGCCGCGCUCUCGGAGCAGCACUACACUUAUACAGAUACAGCAGCAGCAGAUGCAUCAGCAGCAGAUGCUACAGCAACACCAACAACGACGGCCUCGAACAUCUGUCCAAUCAUGGGCCCCAAUGGACAUGCACAGCCUCAAUCAGCAACUGCAGCAGAACUAUAUGAUGCAGAACCAAGCUCUUGUCUAUGGUGCACCAAACAUGGUUCAACAAUACCCAAACAUCUAUGUUACAAGCCCAGUCCCAAAUAAUCCUGUUCAUGGUAGACAGGGUUCCCAGGGUGGGAUGUACGUUCAAGAUCCCCCUUUUCGGGUCCUCCACAGCUAUAAUUCUCCAGCAUAUCGAAACGUUCCUAUAUGGAGCCAGUAG